AUGCUUCCAAUAUCCUUCACUCUUCGGUUAUUGUUCCUUGUCUGUCUCUGUUUUCAUGGCUGCUACUCGUUUAUUAUUAGGUCGGCCCCAUUUCUUCCUCGGUCGUUUGCUCAACAGUCAUCAUCAUCCACCCAAUUAUUAUUGGCAGCAGCCACAUCAGAGCCUGUCAAGGUGGGUUUUGUGGGAUGUGGUACCAUUGCAGCCGCCAUUGCCACAGGCCUGGCGACACAAGAUACAGUUGCCAUUGACAGCAUUUCCGUGUCACGGCGGUCCAAAUCCAAAUCCCAACAGCUGAAGGAAUCCUUUCCAGAUCUAGUCAAAGUAUACGACGACAAUCAAGCCAUUUUGAAUCAAUCCGACAUUAUCUUUCUCUGCGUACUCCCAAAUCUGGCAACCCAAGUCCUUCAAGAUUUAGAGUUUGACGAUUCCCGUCAUACACUGGUAUCUCUGGUGUCAACGGCCAAGAUUGACGAUCUGAUCUAUUAUUCGCAACUGGAUAAAUCCAGAGUUGCCAAAAUGAUUUGUCUCCCUGCCGUGGCACGUCAUCAGGGUGUCUGCCUCUUGUGCUCGCCAGUUCCCAAUCCAGCAUUGGAGGCACUGUUCGAGGCAGUGGGUGGCGUCUUGGCACUUGAAACGGAAGAAGAAUUGAACGUUGCCAUGGUAACCACCUGUGUCAUGGGCCCUAUUUAUGGAGUCAUGGCUCAAAGCCGUGAUUGGUUGACACAAAACUGUCCCUCACUAUCCAAAUCCGAUGCUUCCUAUUUGGUGGCCAAACAAUACCAAGGAGCCAUCCAGGAUGCCGUCAUUGAUUGCAAAGAUGCCAAUCGCUUGGACGACCUAAUUGAGGAACAAACACCCGGUGGCCUCAAUGCACAGGCGCUAAAGAACUGGAAAACAUUGGGAGCGCUGGGCAGCUACGAUAAGGUGAUGGAUGCGGUCCUGAUGCGCAUUGAGGGGAAGAGUGAUGGCUCUUUGUGGGAUGUCCUGUGA